AAACGUCUCAAAACAUAAUGUAAUGUAAACAAUUAUUUGUUCUCAUUACCUUGCAUUUUUUGUUGAAACUCUUGAAAUAUCUACUUCUAAAUUUUUGUUUACUCACCUAAACUGAUAAGAAAUUGCCGCAUUGUUUCAUGUAUCACUAUUUGCAUUACAUUAUUGGUAAGGUAACUGAGUUAUAUAUUUGCCUCUAAGCUUUGGGCUCCAUAAAUACCACAAGACAAACCAUGUCAACAUCAAUAAUGACACUCCCAAGCUGCAUUCCAAUUCCAAUUGAGGAAAACCAGUUGAAAGAAGUGAUAGAAAAGACCAAAGACUGGGCUGUAAUGCAUGGAAUUGGAAUUAGAUCCAGGACCAACUUUAGUGAGGACUCUAUUGACUUCGCCCCAUUUUUGUUGUUACCUUCAACUUUUCCAAGAAGGGAAUUUGAAAAAGCUGUUGAAAUACAGACUACACUGAAUGAGCUAAUGCAUAGAGUGGCUCAUAAUCAAGAAUUCCUUAAGGAAACAUUACAGGGCACAAUACAGGUAGAUGAAUUUACAGGAAAUUUAUAUAAAAUAUGGGAAACUGUUAUGGAAGAAGGAGUUAACCAGCCACUUAGCUUAGGGUUAGUACGCAACGACUUAAUGUUGGACUCAUUGAACAGUUGGAAACAAGUGGAAUGUAAUACUAUUGCUGCUGGUUUUGGUUGGCUCGGUCCCAGGUUAAGUUUGGGUCUAGUGCGAUCCGAUUAUAUGCUACACGGAAUAUCUAAUAAAAUUAAGCAAGUGGAAUACAAUACUAUAUCAGUUAGUAUGUCGGGCAUUGGUAAUGGGAUAUCCCUGUGCAAUAGGUUUGUAAUGGAGGAGCUGGGACAUUUUGAUUUACUGCAUAAUUUGCCUGAAAAUAAUGCUUUGACUGGCAUGACUAUGGGCCUGUUAGAAGCAUGGAAAAUUUAUGGAGAUCCAAAGGCAGCCAUUAUGGUUAUAGUAGAAGAUGUUACUUAUAAUAUUUGUGACCAAAGAUUUCAUGAGUUUGAGCUAAGAAGGUUAAACCCUAGAGUAAAAAUAAUGCGGAGAACCUUGACUCAAAUUUAUCAGGAAGGCUGUUUGACGGACGAUAAUGAGCUUGUUGUCAAUGGUGUUAUUGUAAGUGUCAUUUAUUACCGUUCCGCUUACACCCCAGAACAAAUACCAACCAAAAAGGAAUGGGACGCAAGACUCAUGAUUGAAAGGUCUCAGGCAAUAAAAUGUCCCUCCAUCCAGUUUCAUCUGGCCGGAACGAAGAAAGUUCAACAAGCUCUGGCAAAACCGGGAGUCUUGGAGAUGUUUCUCAGCGAACCGAAAAAAAUCGCAGCCGUACGAGAGAUUUUUACCGGACUCUACGGACUUGAUUUUGAUGAAGCCGGUGAUCAGGCAAUACAAAUGGCUCUUGAUGAUCCGGACCGGUUCGUUUUAAAGCCUCAACGUGAGGGUGGCGGAAAUAACGUUUACGGCAUGGAAAUCAGGGAUGCCAUUUUAGCAAUGAAGGAUACAAAAGAGCGCACUGCUUGGAUUCUUAUGGAGCGCAUAAGACCGCCAAUAACAACUGGGUACAUGGUACGACCGGGUGGCAAGAAUCCUCCAGAUUUAGCGGAAAUGGUUUCGGAACUGGGUAUUUUCGGAGUCAUUAUUGGUGACUCUCAAAAAAUCAUGGUAAAUAGGCAAGUGGGGCACAUGCUUAGGACCAAAGUGGCGACGGCGGACGAGGGAGGCGUUGCGGCAGGCUAUGGCGCCCUAGACAGUCCUUAUUUGAUUGAUAUAUGAGAAAUUAUAUUACCUUUUAAUACAAUUGUGUUUUGUUAUUAAUUUUAACUAAUUAACGUUACAUUUUGCAAUAUAUUUUUAUACAAUAUAAAAA